AUGGCUUCAUUGAUUGCGGCCGAACCCCAACCCCACGCCGUGCUAGUCCCUAUUCCGGCGCAGGGCCACAUCACCCCGUUCCUGCGCCUGGCCACCCUCCUCCUCGCUCGCCGCUUCCACGUCACCUUCGUCCUCACUGAGUACAACGCUCGCCGCCUGGCCCGGUCCCGGGGCCACGACUGGGCCGCCGCCGCCGGCCCAUCCUUCCGCGUCGAGACAAUCCCCGACGGCCUCCCUCCGCCGCCUUCCGACAAGCAGGACGUGACGCAGGAAGUCCCGGCGAUAGUCUUGUCCGUGCGCUCCACGUGCCUCGUCCCCUUCAGGGACCUCAUGGCCCGCCUCGGACGAGCGCCUGACGUGCCGCCGGUAACAAGCAUCGUAUCCGACGGAGGUAUGGGAUUCACCGUCGACGAGGACUUCGGCGUGCCUGUGUUCUUCUUCUUCACGCACAGCGCCUGUGGCGGCUGGAGCUACCUUCACUAUCCGGACCUGGUCAGCAGAGGCUACACGCCUCUCAAAGACGAAAGCUUCUUGACGAACGGGUACCUGGACACGCCCAUUGACUGGAUCCCCGGCCUGGAGAAGCUCCGCCUGCGGGAUUUCCCCACCUUCGUCCGCACCACUGACCCUGAUGACGCCAUGCUCAAUCUUAUUGUCCGCCGUGCCACCGUCGACGCCCCUCGAUGCGCAGGCUUGAUCCUCAACACAUUCGCCGCUCUUGAGGGCCCUGUUCUCGCCGCGAUCCGUUCCAAGUACCCCAACCUCUACGCCAUCGGCCCGCUCCCCUCCUCCCCCGUCUCCUCCUCCCUCUGGAACGUGGACGUGGAUUGCCUCCGGUGGCUGGACGCCCAACCCGACGCCUCCGUCCUCCACGUAAACUUCGGCAGCAUCACGGUGGUCACAAAGUCGCAGCUGAAAGAGUUCGCGUGGGGCCUGGCGCGAAGCGGGCACCGGUUCCUGUGGGCGGUGAGGCCGGAUCUGUUGCAGGAUGGCGAUGCUGCGGCGAUAGUGAAAGAGAUGGCGGCGAAAGUGGGGGAUCGAGGAGCGGUGGUUGGGUGGUGCGACCAGCAGAGGGUCUUGGCUCACCCGGCGACGGCGGCUUUCCUGUCGCAUUGCGGGUGGAACUCGACGCUAGAGAGUGUGGUCGAAGGCAGGCCUGUCGUAUGCUGGCCCUUUUUCGCCGAGCAACAGACCAACUGCCGGUACUUAUGCGCGACGUGGCGUAUAGGCGUGGAGAUUUCCGGCGAGGUGACGCAGGAGGAGGUGGAACGCUGCGUGCGGGCCGUAAUGGCGGAUGAAGAAUUGAAGCGCAGGGCGGCCGACUGGAAGGAGAAAGCGAGGGAUGCUGUUGGCCCAGGUGGCUCCUCCACCACCGAUCUCGAUAGGCUGGUCGUCAGCUUGAUGUAGACGAGAAAGCAAUCGCUGUCGUGAAUUUAAUUCCGUGCCCGAUUGCACCACUGGAUGUCCUAUUUACUUUUUCUCCCCAUGUGAAAAAAAAAAAAGUAAAUAAAUAAAUAGUGGUUCCCUCCUCAUAUGGCGUCUCUGUUAAUAUGUUUCUAGAUUCACACUGAAGAAAUAAAUCAUGAAUGACUAUUGAUUUCCUUC